AGUAAUGUUGGAAGUCUGAGGAAGGUAGGACUAAUUAGUGGAAAGAAUCCCAAACAGGCCCUUAAAUUUCAUCAAAAUUUUGAUAGUGAGUCUGGUGAGUUCCCCCUUUUACUCUGAUCUUACACUUUCAUCGAUUGAAUUAAUUAACAGAUUAGAUUGGAUUGGAUUGGAUUAGAUGAUGGAGAAAGAAAAGAAUAUAAUCCAAGAAAUUGAAGAACCUAUUGAAGUUCCUCUCUUUCAAGUCCCUGAAUGUUAUGUUUACUUAAUCCCUCCAAGGAAAAGUGCAGCAUCAUACAGGGCUGAUGAAUGGAAUGUUAAUAAAUGGGCAUGGGAGGGUACAUUAAAGGUUGUAAGCAAGGGCGAAGAGUGCAUCAUCAAACUGGAAGACAAGGAAACAGGUGAAUUGUAUGCGCGGGCAUUUCUCAGAGAUGGGGAACCACAUCCAGUGGAGCCUGUAAUCGAUAGUAGCAGGUACUUUGUUCUUCGGAUUGAAGAGAACAUUGGUGGACGCCUCAGACAUGCCUUUAUCGGCAUUGGAUUUCGAGAAAGACCCGAAGCCUAUGACUUUCAAGCUGCUCUUCACGACCAUCAGAAAUACCUGAAUAAGAAGAAAACCGCAGAAGAGAUGGAACAGCAAUACCAGAAAUCCUCAUCAGUUGACUACAGUUUGAAAGAGGGGGAAACCCUGAAACUUCAGAUAAAGAAUAAAACUGGUGGCACCAUAAGGUCCAAGUUCUUUGAGCAGGGCCUAAAUAAUCUAUCAUUGGAGGAAAAGGCCAACCGAAAGGAUUCAACAAUAUUACUCAAGCCACCACCACCUCCUCCCGCGCCACUUUCACCCGUUGAUACUGCUGCUAGGUCUCCCCCAGUAUCUCCGUCUAAAUUGAGUCUCGAGCAAUCUGCAGAAACCAAGGACUCACCGAUAACGAAAGAGCAGCCAAAUAAGUCAGAAUCAGUUAAAGAGCAAGGUCCACAAGAUGUUGAAGAUGAUGACUUUGGGGAUUUUCAAGCAGCUGGGUGAAUAUAUAUAUUGUUUUGGGAACUCACUAUAACUGGAAAACUGAAGUUGUUCAAAGUUCACACUUAGCUACUGUUGUUGAAUGUCUUUGGUACAUAUGAUGUGUAUUAUAGCUUUCACUUCAUGUCUUUAUUCUGUCACAUAUGCACCUACUUUCCUAAAGAGUUUCAUUUUCUUCAUUUUUUAUUUCAA